AUGGCAGACCCUGUAUCGAUCAUUGGGACAGCUGGGGCUUUGGCCAAUAUCAUCCAGCUGAUCACCCAGACAAUAGUCGCUAUCAAAAAUCUACACAGUGAGGGGGAAGAUGCAGACCUCAUCUUCCUCAGCUUGAUCGGCCAACUGUUAGCCUUGCAUGCCGCUCUGGCUAAGAUUAAGGAGUGGGUGGGUAAUAAUGAGGACGAAGUACACUAUCAGCACUCUAUGGACCUGGAAGUUUCCAUUGAUUGCUGCCAAAUACUCCUCGGUAAACUUGAUCAGUUAGUAUCGAGUUUGCGGCAGGCAGAUAGUCGGCGCCUAGACUUUCAGAGCAUGGUCAAACUUGUGUUUGGCAACCAGAGCAUUGAUGGUAUCCAGAAGCUGCUGGAACAGCAAGGUACACUGGCACUGGUGACCUGGAUACAGCCCUCACAUUUCUGA